AUGCAGAAUGCACCAUUAAGCCCUGCAAAGCUAAAAAACGAAAUUUGCGUCAAAAAGUCUAGCAGCAUCCGCAGCCUUGUAACUCGUGGUUUGCAUGUAUUAACUGAGCAAGAAGUUCAAAAUAUUUUUACAGUCGAAGCACAAGGUUUAAGCAUUGGAAAAGCAGUGACCAUUAUAGAAAUUCUAAAACGACGUCUUCGGGACGCAGAACUUAAGUUUUGGCAAUAUAAUAAGCUCGACAGUGCCCAUACAGAUACUUCUGCAAUUCACAUGAUCAGUAAAGAUUGUUCUUUUGACCUGAAACAUGAUAACAGAAAAGAUAUACUAAAAAAUAUAAAGACCAAAGUUGUCCCAAUUUUAAGAAUCAAGCUGAGCAGGUUACCGUUAGAACUGACUGAUGGAUGGAAAGAGCAACUAGAUAAUCUUGAUUAA